GUGGUCCAGUAACUACUUGGAAGGCAAUAAUAUCGGACGUUAGCGCAUCUAAACAAAGCUAAAAUGACUGACCAACCAACUCCAAAGUGGGUGACCAAGGAGCUUUUCAGCAGCUUGUUGGAACAGAGUAACCCGAAUUUCAAGGCGAUCGUUAAAUUUGUUCCAACAUCGGCGAUUAGCAAAGGGGAAAACUAUUUGACGAUCGUGCUGCGCAUACAAAUUGAAAUGCAGCUGAAAGAUAACAGCAUAGAAGAUGUCAGCUACAUACUGAAGAUUCCUUUGGUGCCGGAAGGUGAGAAGAACGACUUCCACGAGAUGUUCGAUGCCGAGUUGGACAUGUACGAUCACCUGAUACCAGAAUUGGAGGAUCUCUAUACGGAAAACACUUCCAUCUCACCGAAAUUCAAGCCUGUGCAUCUGAAGUUUCCAGGAGAGCCGGUAAAAAGCGACUACAUUCUGUUGGAGGAUCUGCGGAAGAGGGGAUAUAGGAAUGCCGACAGAACCCAGGGAUUGGAGCAGUUUGAAGUGGAGGCGGUCCUCAAGAAGUUGGCCCAGUGGCAUGCAGCUUCUGCAAAAAGAGUAGUCGAGCUGGGGGAAUACGAGAAGGAUAUCCGGGAGAGUUACUUUACUACUGAGCACCAGAAAUUACUCGAUGAAUUCAACAUUAAUUUUUGUAUGCCCUUCCUGGAGUGUAUGCAGCAAUAUAAUCUGGAGCCAGGACAGCUCGUCCUCAUAAGCGACUAUACAUCUCAACUGACGGAUCUGAACAUUGAGUUUGGUAAGAACGAUCCUCUGGAGUUAUGUGUGUUAAACCACGGAGAUUUUUGGUGCAAUAACUUUAUGUUCAAGUAUAAGAACGCCUCAGAGGUGGAGGACGUUUGCUUUGUUGACUUCCAGCUCCCAAAAUAUGGCACACCCGCCCAAGAUCUACUGUGCAUGUUGAUGACCUCCCCUAAGUUUUCGAUCAAGCUGGAAAUGUUUGACUAUUUCAUAGAGUAUUAUCACCAGCAGCUAGUCGAACACCUCACCAUGCUCAAUUACAAUCGGAAUGCACCCACACUAUCCCAGUUUCACGCCCACCUACACCGAUAUAGUCUCUGGGCUUUCAUAUGCGCCCAGCGAAUGCUUCCCAUAGUUCUGCUCCCACCCGAUGUUGGUUCACAUAUAGGCAAUAUAAUGGGUAACUCGGAGGAGGCGAUAGCGUUCAAGCGGAAGAUGUUCCUGUUGCCGGCUUACGUGGAUCAGAUAAAAGUCAUAUUGCCAUGGCUCAUUAACCGGGGUUACAUAAGAUAGACGGUGUAUGCAAUGAUAAACAAGUUUCCAGAGAACGAAUAGUGUAAUAAUAAUAUUGUAUUCAAUUAAUACAAACAAAUUGUUCACAAAAUAUCUCAAAAUGCUAAUCACUUUAAAGUGUUAGUAUAUAAGCUUAUACGAGAGCUUUUUAUUAAUAAAUGUGCAUAGU